AUGGAUUGUGUUCAUAUAUUUUAUCCACAGUCUCUAGCAGCAAAGGCAGAAGUUUUGGAGCUGUUUAGUGUUGAAAAGCAAAUCCGUAGUUCUCAUAGUGGUAGUCUGAAUUUACAACUGGUGCAUGAUUCUUUAUUGUCACUUAAACUCAUGUUUAGGACUUUUUUCUUAAACAAAGCAACUGCGCAACAAUUGGCUAUGUGUGUUUCACCAGUUUUAUCAGAACCUGCUUUGUUUAAGGCUCACCGUAUAGGUCCUCUAUGGACUGUUUUGCAAAUAGUACAGAGUGCUUUACCUAUGUUUUUUGACUGCUUUGGGGAGAGGCAUUUGAUCAGUAAAAGUGAAAUGCCAUUGCUGAUGGAGAUUCUCUUUUUAGAAGGAUAUAGUGUUGGCUUGAAUGAUUUUGACAUUCCCAAGGCUGUUACUGAAGAUAUAAAGAAGAAGAUUCAGGACAUAUCACCUUUGCUGCUUCACUUGAGAUCAAAUUACAAUGAACUUGUAGAGUUGCAAGUGGAAAGCUACUUGAAAACUGUAAAACUGCCUAUCGUGACUCGUAUUCUAAAGUUAUCUGCUUCGGGUAAUUUGAUAGAUUCGAAAAAUGAUUCAGCUAUCAGUAAGGUUGUUCAACAACUUGGCUUUUUGGGGCUUCAACUUUAUGACCGAAGGAAGUUUUAUUCAAGGAGUUUGGUGGACGAAAAUAGUCCUGGAAGUUCUCUUGCUGGUGAACCGGUUGGUGUAUUAGCUGCUACUGCAGUAUCAAAUCCUGUAUAUAAAGCAGUUCUUGAUUCUUCUCAGAGCAACAACUCUUCAUGGGAAUCGAUGAAGGAAAUACUUUUGUGCAAAGUUAACUUCAAGAAGAAUCAGUAG